AUGCCUGCGCUCCUGGAGCGCCCCAAGCUUUCCAACGCCAUGGCCAGGGCGUUGCACCGGCACAUCAUGAUGGAGCGGGAGCGCAAGCGGCAGGAGGAAGAAGAAGUAGACAAGAUGAUGGAACAGAAGAUGAAGGAAGAGCAGGAGAGACGAAAGAAAAAGGAGAUGGAAGAGAGAAUGUCAUUAGAGGAAACCAAAGAACAGAUCCAGAAACUGGAAGAGAAGCUUUUGGCCCUUCAGGAGGAGAAGCACCAGCUUUUCCUGCAGCUCAAGAAAGUUUUACACGAGGAGGAAAAGCGGAGGCGAAAGGAGCAGAGUGACUUGACCACUCUGACAUCAGCUGCAUACCCCCAGAGCCUGACUGUUCACACGGGAACUCAUCUCCUCAGCAUGCAGGGGAGCCCUGGAGGACACAAUCGCCCAGGCACCCUCAUGUCAGCUGACAGAGCCAAACAGAUGUUCGGACCCCAAGUACUUACAACCCGGCAUUACGUGGGCUCAGCAGCUUUCACAGGGACCCCAGAGCAUGGGCAGUUCCAGGGCAGCCCAGGUGGUGCCUAUGGGACUGCUCAGCCCCCACCUCACUAUGGACCCGCUCAACCAGCCUAUAGCCCUAGUCAGCAGCUCAGAGCACCUUCAGCCUUUCCUGCAGUGCAGUACCUGUCUCAGCCACAGCCUCAGCCCUAUGCUGUGCACAGCCACUUCCAGCCCACCCAGACAGGGUUCCUCCAGCCUGCCGGUGCCCUGUCCCUACAAAAGCAAAUGGAGCAUGCUAACCAGCAAACUGGCUUCUCUGACUCAUCCUCCCUGCGCCCCAUGCACCCCCAAGCUCUGCAUCCGGCCUCUGGACUCCUUGCCUCCCCCCAGCUCCCUGUGCAGAUGCCAUCAGCAGGGAAGUCCAGCUUUGCUGCUACUAGUCAACCUGGCCCCAGGCUCCCUUUUCUCCAGCACAGCCAGAACCCAAGAUUCUAUCACAAGUGA